AUGGCGAGACAUGAGGGUGGUUUAUUCGAACAUCGAACACGUUAUAUUAUUUUGUUGCUUAGCUGCAUUUGCCUAACUUCAAUAUUUUCCAACACAAUUGCGUUGAAUUUCACAUUUAUAUGUAUGACAAAGCCUGUCUCGAAUAAUCAAACAGAAAACAAUGUCGUCGAUUCCGGCCGCUUCACAGCACUUUAUUAUGAACAGAAAGAAAAAUCAGUAUUGCUUUGGGCUGUCGGUCUUGGCACCUUCAUCGGAGUUUGGCCUUUUAAUUAUUUUUAUCUUCAAUUUGGUGCACGAUAUGUUUUCUUUACUGCUGGCUUAUUAUCCGCUUUUUCCACGCUUAUCAUACCUUUUACAGCCUAUAUGGGCCUUAUAUGGUUCGUUGGCGCCAGAAUCUUUCAGGGAGUAGCAUAUGGCGCUGAUUUCGCAGCAGUUGGCAUAAUUACCGUACGUUGGGCAUCACUAAAGCAAAGUGGCUUAUUUAUUGCUGUGCUAACAAGCUUUAACAGCCUUGCGACACUUAUCACAAAUCCUAUUUCUGGUUUGCUUUGUGAAUCAUCGCUUGGUUGGCCAGCUGUAUAUUAUGCACAUGCAGCAUUUGGCAUAUUUAUAUUCACCAUUUGGAUAUUAUUUUAUCGGGAUCAACCAGAAAUGCACAAAAGUGUUUCAGGCAUUGAGUUAGAAAAGAUUCGCCGAGAGAAAUCGGAAGGGUACAUCAGCAGUGAAAAAUAUGUGCCAUAUUGGGCUAUAAUAAAAAAUCCAGCAGUACUAAUUAUUUGGCUCAAUGCUUUUGUUGAACUUGUUGCCGCUUUAUUUUUGUUAUCCUAUGGGCCUACUUAUAUCAAAUACGUUUUGAAUAUCAGCGUUGAAGGCACAGGAUUUUUGGUUGCUCUCCAAGGAUUAUCUUUUCUAUCAUUUCGAAUUACUGCUGGCUUCAUGAGUGAUCAGAUCAAAUGCAUGAACGAGCGCCAGAAACUGAUUUUCUUCAAUACGCUGUCAUUAGUUGGAGCCAGCGUAUUUCUUUGCAUAAUUGGUUUUGUCCCACCUGAAAAUACUUCAUUAUCUGUAUUUGCCAUAGCAGCAAUUCAUGCUCUUAUCGCAUUUAAUGUUGGCGGAUUCUAUAAAUGUAGUACUUUUGUAGCUCGACAGCAUAGUCAUUUCGUUAUCUCAAAUAUACAAUUCAUCAAAUGUGUUGCAUUGCUUAUAUCACCAUUGCUGGUUACAAUAUUUGUUACUGAUGAUUCGGCACAGGAACAGUGGCGAAUUAUUUUCAUAAUUCUGUCCGUAUCAUUACUCGUAGCGAAUUUCGCAUUCUGUUUGACAGCAACUGAUCAACCAGCCAAAUUUACAACACUUCAUCCCCAAAAAAAAAGACAUAACCCUGAAAUUGCUUCUACUUCAUAA